AAAUUUCAUCAAUUACAAAAAUUAUAUCUUUAAACACUCCAACUGUUUCCUACAGCAGUGAUAAAAUGAUAGAAGAAUUUUACAAAAAAAUUCCGAUAAUAGAUGAUGAGGGUCUAUUUGCAAUGGAGGAUUGGCUAAAAAAAUCAGAUAAUUUCAGGAUAAUGGUUCGAGAAUUAUCUAGACUUGGUGGUUCAGGAGUAGCACAAAGUACCAGGAAAGUGCUUUAUAAGGUUCUGAGCAAUGAAAUUGCACAAAAAUAUUCUUGGGAUGGGGCCAAACAGAAGAGAAGUUUGAAAUCAUUGUUGGUCGCCAAAGCAAUUUUAGACUCCAUGAAAGGUCAAUUUCAAGAUUCAAAAGAAACCGAAAUUAUAAAUAUAAUUAAAAUAUGGCUUGUAAAAGCCAAAGAAAGAUUAAAAAAUACAGAGAAGGGGAGACCAGAGAAUAUCGAAACAUAGAAGAUAUUAAUGUAUAUAUUGUUAAUAUUUUUAAUAAAUAAACAUAUUUUACUCAA